AUGAGGGACGAUGAUCUAAGAAAGGAGUACAGAACCAAGCUGAGUCCUGGUUACGCCGGUAGAGAGAAUGGCGGCUUUGAGCCUGGUGUUGACAGAAUCGUCGCACAAUUCGUCAACCUAGUUGAAACUAAAUACAUCUCGACGCCGAAGGAAUUUCGACCCAUAGAGUUCUCCCAUAAAUCUCAAUACUUUGCCCUCGACGUCGUCAGCGAGCUUUCUUUCGGAGAAGCGCUAGGAUUCCUCGCAAAUGAUGAGGAUUUGUUUGGUUAUGUGGCAACCAAUGACCUCAUCUUUCCGUAUCUCGCCGUCAUGCUCAAUGUACCAUGGGUGGGAAUUUUCUUGCAGCAAUGGCCGUUAAACAAGCUUCUACCCUUUUCCAGCGACGAGUUUGGCUUUGGUAAACUUAUGGGAAUGGCCAAGAACCUGGCGGACAAGAAGUUAGCAGCCGCGUCGGAUGAGAACAACAUGGUCCAACAACACCUUCGCAACGGGGUAACUUACAAAGAGCUCUUGGCAGAGAUCUUCCUGGAACUAAUCGCGGGCUCCGACUCUACCGCAACGGCAGUCCGCAUGACUAUGCUCUGUCUGCUCAACACGCCGUCAUCGCUAAAUGCACUACGCCGCGAGAUGGACCAAGGCAUUGCCCAAGGCCGCAUUAGUUCUCCGAUCCGCGACUCCGAGGCCCGCCAACUACCUUACUUGCAGGCCGUGAUCAGAGAAGGCAUACGCAUGUACCCACCGUCAACGGGCCUCAACUAUAAGCAAGUAGCCAAGGGAGGAACAGAGCUGCAUGGGCAGUUCUUGCCAGAGGGGACGCAGAUGGGUAUCAACAUUCAAAAGUUGAUGAGAUCCAAGGACACAUUUGGUUGCGACGCGGAUGUGUUUCGGCCAGAGCGCUGGCUGGAAGCCGCCGCUGAAGAUGAAGACUGCUUUCGAGACAUGUGUGGUGUCGUCGACCUAGCGUUCGGACAUGGUCGGUUUCAGUGUCUUGGGAAGACUAUCGCGGCUAUGGAGUUGAACAAGAUCUUCAUUGAGGCGAGUUGGCGUCACCUUUGA